UGCGCGGCAGAUCCUGAACCAACAAACUGUUCACUAGCGUUAGCUGCUUCGCUCUGCUCCGUUGGUACAAAUUUUACAAUCUUUGCUGGCUUUAUGUCACACUGCUCUCCCAUGAACGAGUGAUUGCACGUGUCUAACACAACUGUAACGCUGUCGAUGUAUUUUGUUGCUAUGUUUUAACUGUUGCCGACAACGCUAGCAAACGUUACGUUAACGUUAGCUGCUAACGUCACCGUUAGCGACGCAGAGGCUGUACAAGCUUGUCAUAAUUGUACUGAUGGGAUUGCACAGAUUACUUGUUUAUAGGUGAUGUGAUGUUUUGGCUAACGUUAACUCGGAGUGUGACUGAUAAUCUGAAUUUGUGAAUGACUCAAGUAACGUUAACGAGUUAGCAUUAGUUGCUGCGAAGUUCAUCAUAAUGUCUAAUCAGCUGAGUGCAGAGCAGCAGCGAAAGAUUGAGGAGAACAGGAGGAGGGCUUUGGAGAGAAGAGCCCAAAGACUUGCACAAACUGUCAACAGCAGUAAGCAGACCUCAGUAGGCUUCAGCAGCACUUCACUGCAGGCACAUCCCCCUGUACAGAUCAAUGCCUCAGAUCUAGCUACCCUCGCUCAUCACAGAGAGGCACCCAGCUCAGCCUCUGCACCAACAUGGUUUGUCCCACCCUUCAAAAAAGACUCACAGAGCUUCAGUAACCAAAAUCAAGGCACAAAGCAUCAGCAGUUAUCUGGCACUGACAACCAAAUCAAUCAGAGUACUCUAUGUAACUCUACUUCUUCUAGACAGAUACAAGUCAUUGAUCCACUUCCUCAGACAAGAAGUCAACAUGUGAGCAGCCCUGUCUUGUCUAGCGGAGGAAGCUUUGGUGUGAAGUCAGCUCAUCCCAAACCCAACAUCACCUCCAGCAGCUCAGGUGGUGCAGUUGGCUUAUUCUACAAGCAAACUAGUAAACCUGCACAAAGUCCUGUGGCCCAGCUUCCCUUAAACUCCUCAACUUUGAAUGCUGUACCUGCAAAAAAGCCUGCCAUCUCUGUAAGAGGAAAAUGUGUACCUCACGCAGAGGACCGCUUCAGGGUAGAAGUGGGCUACCAUGCAGAGCUUAUUGCUGUUUUCAAAUCCAUCCCCUCAAAGAACUAUGACCCUGCCACAAAGAUGUGGAACUUCAGCCUGGAGCACUAUCAACAGCUAAUGGAGGAAGCAGCUACGCUCGUCUCUGUGUCUUUGAGGCCUCUGGAGGGAAUGGACGCAGUGGACGUUGCAGCAGCCACCAGCCGAGCUCGUGACGGUGCGGCACUCGGGGCGCUGCUGAAGCUGUGCAAUGGCUGGCAGAAACCUGGAGCCAGUCUACAGGGCCAAUGCAACCUGGUGUCGCGGUCAAAGUUUGAGGUUGAUGUCGGUUACCAUGUCGAAGUCAUCGCAGCAUUCAAGCAGAUGCCGACAAAGAAUUAUGACAUGAAAACAAGAAAGUGGAGCUUUUCACUUGAGGAUUACAAGAGACUAAUGGAUCUCCUCAGUGGGAUAGCAGCAGUGGAGGUGGAGCCUCUGCCCAGGGCAAUAGUCCAGGCUUUCUCUGCCAGGUUUGACGGGACUGAAGCCAGGUCUUUAGACGUCCCCGAGGCAGACCUCUCCAGCAUCGACCCCUCGCUCACCCGCAGCCUGAUGCCCUUCCAGAAGGAGGGAGUCAAUUUUGCGGUGUCUAAACAAGGCCGCCUCCUCCUGGCUGACGACAUGGGCCUGGGAAAGACUGUGCAGGCCAUCUGUAUAGCAGCCUACUACAGGAAUGAGUGGCCCUUGCUGGUAGUGGCUCCGUCCUCUGUGCGAUUCACCUGGGCUGAGGCCUUCAGACACUGGCUCCCCUCCCUGAGUCCUGACAGCAUCAAUGUGGUGGUGAAGGCCAAAGACAAUCUGCGAGCUGGUUUAGUCAACAUCAUCAGCUACGACCUCCUGAGCAGGAUGGACAAGCUGCAGGGAAACCCCUUCAAUGUUCUCAUCAUGGAUGAGUCUCACUUUCUGAAGAACAUCAAGACUGCUCGUUGUAAAGCAGCCUUGCCUCUGCUGAAGGCAGCAAAGAGAGUGAUUCUUCUGUCUGGGACCCCUGCCAUGUCCAGACCCUCUGAGCUCUACACCCAGAUUCUGACUGUCAGACCUACACUCUUCCCUCGCUUCCAUGAGUUUGGGAUACGGUACUGCGCCGCCAAACAGAUGACUUGGGGAUGGGACUACUCAGGCUCAUCCAACCUUGGGGAGUUAAAGCUGUUGCUGGAGGAGUGUCUGAUGUUGCGCCGCCUCAAGACUGACGUCCUCUCCCAGCUUCCUGCUAAACAACGCAAGGUCGUCACAGUGACUAUCGAUGGUAUCAACACACGCACAAAAGCGGCUCUGUCAGCUGCUGCCAAGCAGUUAGCCAAGGGAAACCGUAAUAAAAGGGAAGAGAAGGAAGCCCUCCUCAUCUUUUAUAACCACACAGCUGAAGCCAAGCUACAAGCCAUUAUGGAGUACAUCACAGACACGCUGGAGUGUGGGAGAGAGAAGUUUCUAGUGUUUGCGCAUCAUAAGUUAGUCCUGGAUCAUAUCACCACAGAAUUGGGAAAAAAGAAUGUCAGUUACAUCCGUAUCGAUGGGGCCACUCCAUCGGCUGAACGGCAGCAGCUGUGUGAGAAGUUCCAGUACUCGACCAAGACCUGUGUGGCUGUACUGUCCAUCACUGCAGCUAACAUGGGUCUCACCCUGCACUCUGCUGACCUGGUGGUCUUCGCGGAGCUUUUCUGGAACCCCGGGGUUCUCAUUCAGGCAGAGGACAGGGUGCACCGUAUUGGACAAACCAGCAAUGUGAACAUUCACUACCUGGUUGCUAAGGGAACUGCUGAUGAUCACCUGUGGCCAAUGAUCCAGGAAAAAAUGAAUGUCUUGGAGCAAGUGGGUCUGUCUGAAUCAAGUCUUUCAGACAACGCCUUGAACGCCAGCUUCCACUCUAAGGAUCCUAACCAGAAGACUAUAAUGGAGAUGUUCCAGAGGUCAUUCACGGCGGAUGACGACAUGGACGAAGCCAUCUUACUGGAGGCUGCAAACGAUUGGGAGGACACCCCACCUGAAAACAGUUCUGGUCAACAUCACAGCAUGGUUGGACUAAGCCCCAGCAAACGGAGCAUCAAAGACUAUUUCAGCAGAUGACUAGGAAACUUUCCACAAUGAAAAUGUAUCAAGAUCUCUUUGUUUUGCUUAUUGGAACAAGCUAUCAUGACUUUUGAACCUAUUUUGUAAAAGUUAACAAAUGCUUCAGUUAUUUUAAUAGAUGCAAAAUAAUACUCUAAUAAAUAAACCUAUAUGUUUUCGCUAA